AUGGCAGACUCCGAUUUCACCGGUUCAGAAUAUGAUGGCCCAUCUUUCCAAUCAACUAUCAAGGACGCGGUCCUCGCGCCGUUCCGCGCGCUGGUCUCCAAGUCCGCCCUGCGCAUCUACCUAAACACCCUCCUGUUCAUGGGCGCAGCAUCCCUCCUAAUAGGAAUCUCCGCCAUUGCCUACGGAGUCUUCUACUUCAAAUUCAUCCCCACAGUCGGCCUCCAACGACAAGUCCAUCUCCAAUUCGGUAACGGCCACCCAUGGGGAACGGCGCAUUUCGACUCCGAAUUCGUCUCUGCCCAGCCGUACGAUGUCUCCGUGACCCUGGAAGUCCCCCGCACUCCCUCCAAUCUGGAUAAUGGUAACUUCAUGCUCGACCUUACCUUGUUCGCUACACGUCCUGCCUCCCUCGUCCUCCCUGGUCCGACAAACACCCCUAUCGCGCAGGCCCGCCGCCCAGCGAUCCUAACUUAUGCGUCAACGAUGGUUGAUAUGGCGCGACGCGCAACGCGCAUGCCUCUGUACCUGGUUGGUUGGCGCCGGGAGUCAGAGACCUUGGAAGUCCCGAUGAUGGAGCAAUUGGAGUUUGGCAAGGGUGUGCGAAACUUGCCGCAGAGUCUACGGCUUGAGAUUCAGUCGGAUGCCAGGAUGCAGAUUUACUCCGCCCAUGUCGAGUUCCGGGCUAGGCUUACAGGGCUCAGGUAUGAUUUGAUUUUUAUGAUUUGGGAUGUGGUUUUGACUAACUUGGCUAGAUGGGUUAUGUAUCGUUGGAAGAUUACCUCGUUUGUGGUAUUCAGUUCUCUUUUCUGGUCUGUUUCUAUGCUCUCUGCUAGCUUGACGUGGUUGGUGAUGACAUGGGUUUUGGGGACUGCGUCGACUACUGUGAUCAAGCCGGAGCUGGGCCUUGUGAAGGAGGAAUCGGCGACAGAGGAUGAAUCCUCUGAUGAGUCUGUUAAGAAAGAAGAGGAAGAGGAGACUCGGCUUCAUAGUUUACCGACGGAGAGUGAAGCAAUGGGUUCUGGAUUGGAGAGCGCAGAAGCUCGUGGAGUGCAGAAACGUCGAAGUCAUAGCCAGCAGGACUAA